AUGGUGGCAUCGGGCCUGAGUGCGGCGUCAGCAGAGUUGCUGCAGCAAUUUGGCAUUGAUCAGAAGGACUUUUCCAAGGCACGUGUCAGGUAUGAGAAGGUGCAAGAGGAGCUGAGGGAGGAAGGUCUUGAAGCGAAGGGUGAAACGACGGAUGCAGCUGCUAAAGCUGAGGAAACGCUUCAACGACUUACGGGUGCAUGGAACGAGUAUCUCUGCCUGACGCAGAAAUACUUUAUUAAGAUUACUAGCACUGUUAUUGACGAUCUGAUGAAUAAGAUACGGGAAAAGGCGUCUGCGGCUGAGCGUGCGGAGAAAUUGAAUGAACUCUGCGCCAUUGGUGAGAAGUGGUAUGUACGCAACGAGGCAUAUUUUGAAUUUGAGGAUCCAGAGAAGUUGGCAUUGCUUGCUAAGGGGGCAUUGGACUCCUCUAGCCGUGUGAUGCGUCUGCUUGGCCUGCAACUUGUCCGUAUUUGCGCUGCGAGUGUGAGGUUUACGCAGUGUCUUUUGAAGAAUGUUGGUUGUGGACUCAUUAGCCUAUGUUUUGAUCGUGAGAUUGCCACGGAAUUAGAGUACGCACUGAAUGUGUGCACGCGUCUUAUUGAGCUGCACGAGAGUAAUCCCACGGCGUAUCCAGACUUCCCUUAUGGCUGGAUUUGCCGCAUCUCUUCCUUACUGGACCCGCAGGAUCCGGUGCCGAAUUUACAACCCAAACGGAAGAGUCAGGCGCUCCGUAUCGCGAUUAAAUUGCUCCGUCGAUUUCCAGCCAUGUCAACAGCUGCCUCAUUGCACACAAUUUUACUUCGAUAUUGCAUCCAAAAAGGGGCCGCCACGAUGGACGAGAUUAAGAAUAUAUUACAUGUUAUUUUGGAUUUGUUUGACUGUGCAGAGACACGGCAAUACCUCCGUUACAACGAUUUGGAUGUCCUUUACGUACCGUUUUUGUAUACCACGGAUAAAAGCACGGAGGCGAAUAUAAACCUGAUGAACGGGGCAAAAGAUGUUCUUGCCAUGGUGAUGCGAACGUGGGUGGGGGUUUUAUGGACAUGUUCGGAAACAAAAGGACUCCGUGCUGUCAUUGAUGUGCUACACCUACCAGGGGAUCUAGACCGUAAGAUGGUGCUGCUCACACUGUUUAACAAAGUUCUUUGUCAACUGGCACCUCACCGGGGUUUAACGGCAUUAAAGACUUGGCAAGGGGUGGAGAAGAACAAGCGAGAGACAUUGAAUUCAGACACAAUUAGUUCAGAACUGACCUCAAGCUUCAUGGAGUUCAGUUCCUCACGGAUAUCGGGCGAAUAUGCUAAGACCCAGACAUUUUCUGAAGGCGGCAUAUUCAUGGACCAAAGUGAGGUGCAAGACAAUUUUGUUCCAACAACAAAGGCAAUAGGAUAUCAUGUUCUUGAUCCACUUCUAGGGAGAGUGCUUUUGAUGCUCUUUCACCAUGGUCUUCCGCUUGCAUUGGUGUCUAUGAUCGGAGAUGGUGCCUCAAGUCGUCUUUUGGCAUCCACCGCCUCAUCCCUUUUGCAAGACAUUUUUGUCCUGAUGGAUACCGUACUCCCGGUGCGUCCGGCUGGGCGGCUUCACACGGCUCUUAAUGAGGCCGUUGGACGUCUGAUACAACAAGGGGACUUAUCUUUUAGGAGUGGACCCACCGCCAGUCUUUUUCAAUACCAUAGGAUGAUAAAGGAUGUAUCACUUGCCACAACGGUGGCUGGUACGAAUGCAAUUUCGGGCGGGAGGGCAAUUAUCCCGUCGGCUACAACGAUUUCAGCCUACGGAUUAGGAACCAUGGGGGUUGACGAUGCGGGAUUUGAGGCGUUGCUGCGGCAAACGGGUGUGGAUAGGGCCGAUGGUUUUGUUGGAUGGAACCAGGAUUUGUUACUUUUGCUGGUUCAUGGACCGUUGCGAAGUAUGCCGCGAUUUCAAUGGGUAUUGAAAGAAACCCGUUUUUUUCACAAGCUUAUUGCUUUUUAUCAACCGUCAUUACAGACACAGUCGCGGACGUUUGUGUCGCUACGCACGGAGGAAUGUACGCCGCAGCUUUGUAACUUUGGACUGGCGUUGUUGGAUAUGUUUCUUUCCACACGUGUGGGAACGGAGGUGUUGGAUCAAUUUGGUUUCACAUCGGCCAUUGUCAGAAAUCUACAGGAGGUGGUUGACGGUACACCGCAGGUUUUGAACCGUGAGCGACUGGGCACCCGUGUGGGGCAGACGGUACUCCAAAUGGUUGGUCGCUACUCCCUCUCAGCCAAUGGAUUGAUGGCUAUGAGGGAACACAAUAUGUUUGGGAUCAUAAACAAUAUGUUUGACGAGCUCUCCGGAGAGCGGGCGGCGGCACCGUCACCCAAUGACACCUUGCAGGAUGUAUGUCAACUAAUUUUACAGUCUUUGUACAUUGGUGCUGUUCCCAACUACGGCGUAUGUGAGGAAAUUCGACAUGCUAUUCGCUCUGCUCUUUGCAAUGAUGUGAACUCCGUACGUCUUUAUGCGGCGACACAACUACAUAAAGCACUUUGGCGAGACCUCUCAACUUCUAUGCGUUGGGGCAUUGAAACCCUGGUUCAAGCUCUCCAUGAUGAAUUCUACAGUGUUGUGGAAAGUGCCUUUAAACUUUUGCUUAGUAUUUGCCUCUGUUCAGAGGAGGCCUUGGAUUACCUGAUAUCCCUAUCACCAGCCGUGCUCAUGGAGAGUGAGGUCAUUCGCCAACAUUCUAAAGAUCUUGACCUGAACAAGUUAUUAUACUGUAUAGUGGGUAGAACGUCGGGACUUCGUUUUUUACAGUUCUACGGUUGGGUGGAUGAGGAACUGCGUCGCUGGGAGGAGUCCGAGUCUGCAAAUCACGUGCGACUUGUAGAGCGUAUGCAGUCUGGCGAGGCGGUGGAGGCUUCCGUGGAGUUUAUUCAGAGUAUGGUUAGUCAACGACGGCAAUUUCACGAUCGUACAAUUUCAGAUCCUAUUUAUACGUUGUAUCGACCCACUGUUUUAUCUAGAUCUAUUCCAACAUAUAGUCCACCAAGUGAAUCGGUGUCAGGGUUCUUCCCGAGUCAUUUUGCCGCUUUUCUCUGCAAGUCGAACGAGGGAUGCACCUUAUUUAAGCAUAGUGUUCUUUGGCAGCGGUCGGUGCAACGUAUUCUUCAGCAACCACUUCCACCGGACAUUGUGUAUGAUGGCAGCGAUGCGAGAAAUGGGGGAAGUGAUGAUGACAUCGAUGACGAUGAGAGAGUUCUUAAUGAGGAAGAUCCAUCAUUUUGGGGGCAACUGGGGGCGAAAACGGAGAUGGCAGAGACCACAAGGUCAGUUGAGGGGUGUGAUUUGCGUUUAUUACGUGCAGGAUGCUUGCCUUGCUCCCGGGACGCGCAGUUACUAUCGGCUGCCCGGGGCUACAAGACACCGGGGCGGUCGUAUCUUCUUAAAUCUGUGGGGGAUGUUGCAGAGCUAAAGGAUGCUAUUUUGUGUGUUUGCCACGCUUCCUCCAGUGACACGGGGUUUGCUCUCAUGCGCAGCGUUCCAGGUCUGCAUAAACGUCUGAAUGCUCUUAUGGUGUUUGGGGCAACCGUCUCCGUGCGGAGUAUAUGCUUUGUGGGGGAGUGUAUACAGGCACGUUCCAGGCGGUGUGCAGAGCAGCUUUCCGACAUGUCACGCUAUGUACUCCAUGAGUGCAACGCCUACACAAGUGCGGAUGGGGUACCGUAUUCCGUUGCCUUUUCUCACAUCAAGCCGUCUCGGUGGACUCCGAUUGGGCGUCCCACAAAUCAGUGGGGAGUCUCCUCCCUGUACUUUAUCUACAGGCAAGAGUGCUCUGGCAAGGCGGACGAAAGUCCGUACUUCACGCUGGAAGGAGCGAGGAGCAUAGAAGCACUUGGACAGUCAGCACGACGUGUAUUUGACCAAGUGUGCACCCUUUCUAACCCGGUAAGCCGCGAGGGGGCAAAGAAAAAACUGUGCCAAGUGUUGAAACACCAGCCAAACAUUUUUCUCGAGCCACACAUGCGGAAACUGAUCAUUGAUGCCACACAAAUGUUUCGUAUGCAACACGCGGAGCGGAAGUUUAUUGCAGAUCUUCUUGAAAACGCACCUCUCGCUAAACCAGUGCCAUCUGCCCGUCGGUCGACGAUUGUGGUUCCUUCCCUCACACGACUGAACUGA